AUGUCUGAUGAAGAUCUUACACUAAAAUUAGAAAAAAAAAAGAAGAAGAAACAACCAAUUCUUGAUGAUGUUGAUAAUGCUGAUGGUGACACUGAACUUGUUUUGGGAAAAAAAAAGUCAAAAAAAAAGGUUCCCGUAGAAUCUGCAGCUGCUGAGGAAGUAUCAGCAAGUGAGGAUGGUAUAGCACCAGGAAUUGGAAGAACAAAUCUUAUUGAUGCUAAUGGUUCAUGGCCAGAUUAUAGUUAUGAAGAAUUACUAGAUCUAGUUUUUGGUAUAAUGCGUGAAAAAAAUCCAGAAUUAGUUACAGGUGAUAAGAAAAAGUUUGUCAUGAAACCUCCUCAGGUUGCUAGAGCUGGUUCUAAAAAAACUGCAUUUACUAAUUUUGCUGAAAUAUGUAGAAUUUUAAAACGUCAACAUAAGCAUGUAUUACAAUUUUUGUUAACAGAAUUAGGUACAACUGGAUCUUUGGAUGGCAAUAGUUGUUUAAUUGUUAAAGGACGUUUUCAACAAAAACAUUUUGAAAAUGUCUUAAGAAAAUAUAUUAAAGAAUAUGUCACUUGUCAUACAUGUCGUUCUUCAGAUACUGAAUUAACAAAAGAUACAAGAUUAUACUUUUUACAGUGUAAAACUUGUGGUUCAAAAUGCUCUGUUUCUGCUAUUAAAUCUGGAUUCACAGCUAUGGUUGGUAAACGUGCUGCUUUAAGAAGGGCAGCUGAGGCUACCGCUGGUGCUAAAUGA